AUGAAUAAUCCACAAGGACCACUCUUGCCCUAUGAGGGAAACACUGGAACCAACAUUACUAGUUUAGAUUUUCAAGAUUUUGGAACACAAAACAACCUCUCCUCACAACAACAACACUUCUCCACAGAACCCAUCGGAAGAAUGAAUCUCGAUGAACACAAUCAGUUGUUUGAUGUUCAACUUCCUCCACCAACCACCACAACCACCACUCAUUCACAACCACCAUCAACAACGUUGACCAACACCAACAACAACCUCCUUCUAUCGGGAGACGAUGAUGAAGACGAUGAUUUGGAACAGAUGGAUUUUUCACAAUAUAGUUUCUGGAAUAUUGAAUAUUACAUUCCCUUCUUUAAUGUCAAUACGACGGAGGUAUUCUUGAGAAUGAGUAAACCAUUCUUAUUCUUUGCGAGUGGAGGUGAAUCGUUUGUGGCUUUCAUUAAACGAGGAAAGAAACAAGCAGAUUUAUGGGGACCUUUCUGGAUUGUGACCACACUCAUUGUAAUUAUCAUCAUGACCAGUAAUAUUGGACAAUUUAUCAAUUUGAGAGCCAUCGGAGGAGCUUUAGAAAAUGAUUUCAAUGCUCCAGUUCGUGCUAAUAGCACUCCUGAUGCUUCGGAGCCAUUUCGUAAAUUGAAUGGAAAUUUGUUAGAGUGGACGACCGAUUUUUCAUUGAUCUCUGUGGGUGCUACAGUGUUCUAUGCAUUUUCUCUAUUGGUGCCAACCUUGUUGUGGAUUAUGAUGAAAUAUAAGGCCAUUGGUGUGAGUUUGGUUGAAACUCUCUGUAUUUAUGGUUAUUCCUUUGUGGUGGUCAUUCCUCCACUGGUGAUGUGUAUUUUUGACAUUUCAUGGUUGCGAUGGAUUUUGAUUGUUUUGGGAUUUAUCUAUUCAGCUGCUUUUAUUAUUUAUGGAUUGUUUAAGGAGUGGAAGAAGGGUGUGACUGGUCCUCAGGAUAACAUUUUCCUUCUCAUAUUUGUCAUUUAUGUAUUUGUGUGUCACUUGAUUUUGGCUAUUUUUGUUCGAUUUUACUUUUUCACAUUCCAUGUCGAUUUGAAACAGCAAUAA